AUGCCCAGAUCUCUCAAAGCAAAGCGACCAAGUUCUGAUUCAAACGUUAUUCUGCCAAAGAAGAAAAGUAAGAACGAUGAAGAGGAGGCUGCUGGUAGUGCUGAGACUCUUGCUCCAAAGGAAAAUCUAUAUAACGACGUCUGCAGUCUUGAAUGCAAAGCCAAGCAUCUGGCAAAACUCGGAGUGAAGACCGAAGGAGAGGUCUUCAACAGAGUCAGUGUUGUUGAAAUAGAGGAGUCUACAUCUCCCCAUAAUGCAGCUGCAAGUGUCUCUGAGCCAGAAUAUUCAUACAAGGAAGACUUUUUCAUAUCGGGCCUGACGGAGGAGCAGGUGAAGCGCCUGCAGCUGGAGUUGGGCAUCAACACUGAGGGGACAGAUGUGAUGAAGCCCAUAGUUGAAUUCGAACACUGUCACUUCCCGGUGACACUUGCAGCGAACCUGAAAAAGUCUGGCUACGAGACCCCCACCCCGGUCCAAAUGCAGAUGGUCCCUGUUGGUCUCAGCGGCAGAGAUGUCAUCGCAACUGCUGACACUGGAUCAGGGAAAACUGUUGCCUUUCUGCUGCCAGUGAUAAUCAAGGCCCUAAAGAAAAAGCUUAGGUCCGUGGGCAGCCCUGCAGCUCUUAUCCUGACCCCCACCAGAGAGUUGGCGAUUCAAAUCGAGAAACAGACCAAAGACCUGAUGAUGGGACUCCCCAACAUGAGGACGGCUCUGCUGGUGGGGGGCAUGCCCCUCCCUCCACAGCUGCACCGCCUCAAGAGGACCAUCAAGAUUGUAAUUGCAACACCAGGAAGACUUAUCGAGAUCCUAAAGCAAAAGGCAGUUAAACUGGAGAUGGUGGAGAUUGUUGUGGUCGACGAGGUGGACACCAUGUUGAAGAUGGCUUUUCAGCAGCAGGUGCUGGAGGUUUUGGAGCAUGUCCCUGAGCAGCAUCAGUCUCUCUUAGUUUCAGCCACGAUUCCAACAGGGACAGAGGAGCUCGCGGCUCGAAUGGUUCAAAACCCAGUUCAUAUUUCAGUCGGGGACAAAAACCAACCGUGUGCCAAUGUCAGACAGAUUCUACUGUGGGUCGAGGAACCCUCCAAGAAAAAAAAGCUCUUUGACAUACUGCAUGACGGGAAACUGUACCAACCUCCUGUGGUUGUGUUUGUCGACUGUAAACUUGGAGCAGAUCUUUUGUGUGAAGCAGUCUCCAAAGUAACGGGUCUAAAAUCAGUCGCAAUUCACUCUGACAAGACUCAGUGGGAACGAAACCGGAUCAUUCGAAGUCUUUUGGACGGAGACUUUGAGGUAGUCGUGAGCACUGGGGUGUUGGGCCGAGGUUUGGACUUGGUGAAUGUGAGACUCGUGGUUAAUUUUGACAUGCCAAAAUCAUUGGAUGAAUAUGUGCAUCAGGUGGGGCGAGCGGGGCGGCUGGGGCACAGAGGCACCGCCAUCACAUUCCUCAACAACAACAACAAAAGACUUUUUCUGGACGUAGUGAAUCGAGUCCAACAAACAGGAUCCAUUCUGCCUCCUCAGCUUCUCAACUCUCCACAUCUUCACGAGCAGCAAAGAAGAGCAAAACUUAAAGAAAACUCUAACGAUGUCGUGGCGAGGAAACAUACUGCAUAUUACGACCACCUGCUGUCAGCUGGGAGGACGACAGCCCGAGCAGCUAAAGACAAUCUCACAAACACAUUGGAUUCUGCAAACGAGGAUCUUAGUGCUGGGUCUGAGAGAAGCAGCGCCAACAGAACCUAUGUCGUAUGUAAAGGCGGAAAUGCACUGCAGUCUCCUCAUCACGCACGACUCACGCUACAGAGGAGGUCAAAGAGGAAGUCUGGGGCUGAGGGCAGGUUUGGAGACAGCAGACAGAGCAGCAGCAACACGCCCAAAGUGGAGAAGAGACUGACCCUGCAGAGAAGAACCAGGACCCCGACCUCCAUGGAGCAGAGGCUGAGCACAAAUGCACGUCCAGCUGCCUCUAAACCUUUGACUGAAGCAAACGGCAAAGAACCCGCUUUGCUUCACAGAAGCAGUGUCAAAGAAAGUGCAAAAAAUCGGGUAGAAAUAAAGACAAAGAUGGCAAACGGCAGCUCAACGCCUGUAUUAAAAUCUAAACAUUUAGAGGAGGAUGGCAAAUGUUUUAAAACACCCACCAGAAGGACUCAGUUUGAGAAAAUAUCUACAAAGAGGGAUGUGUUUGAGAAGCUGGCAGCAAAGGAGGCUCCUAAACUGAUUGUAAAGUCUACAAAGAGGGAAAGAUCUAAUUCCAGAGUACAAAAAAUGUGUGAUUCCAAAGAUGUCCUAGCUCCUAAAGUUUGCAAAGCUGCAGAGCAUGGAGCCACACCAGGAGCAGCCAGGCCCAGCACAUCCACUGCUGCUCCGACCCUGACACAGCCUGAAGCAGAGAAGCAGACAGAUGACAUCCAGAUGGAAAACAGUGCAGUUACUGUUGCAGUCCGUGUCCGCCCCUUUAACACCAGGGAGAAUGCAGAAACUCCUUUUCAGGUCAUAUUCAUGAAUGGCCAAGAGACCGUGGUCCACCAUCCGGACACAAAGCAAAGCUACAACUUCACAUAUGACUUUUCCUUUUAUUCUGUUAAUGACGGUGACUCAGCCUUUGCCACUCAGCAAACCGUUUAUAAUAAAUUAGCCAAACCUCUCUUACAUCGAGCCUUUGAGGGCUAUAACACGUGUCUUUUUGCCUACGGUCAAACUGGCUCUGGAAAGUCCUACACAAUGAUGGGUUUUGGAGACGAGGUCGGCAUCAUCCCCAGAUUCUGUGACGAUCUGUUUUCUGAGUUAAAAUCCAUGAAAAGUGAAAAGGUUCACUGUCAUGUGGAAAUGAGCUACUUUGAAGUUUACAACGAGAAGAUUCAUGACCUGCUCAUCACCCGUGACGUUCCCAGUCAAAGACAAAUGCCAUUGAGGGUCCGAGAACAUCCAGUACAUGGUCCUUAUGUCGAAGAUCUUUCUGCUAAUGUCGUGACCUGUUAUGAAGACAUCCAGGGUUGGUUAAAGCUGGGAAAUAAGCAAAGAGCUACUGCUGCGACAGGAAUGAACGACAAGAGCUCCAGGUCUCACUCCGUCUUCACCUUAGUUUUGACCCAGACUAAAACUGAGGUGGUGGAAGGAGAGGAGCAUGACCACAGCAUCAGCAGCAAGAUUAACUUGGUGGAUCUGGCAGGAAGUGAACGAUGUAACUCUGCCCAGACCAGUGGAGACAGACUCAGGGAAGGAGCCAGUAUCAACAAAUCCCUUUUAACUCUGGGGAAGGUCAUAUCUGCCCUUUCUGAGCAGGCUCUGAGCAGAAAGAAGGUCUUCAUCCCGUACCGAGAGUCUGUUCUGACCUGGUUGUUGAAAGAGAGUCUUGGGGGUAACUCGAAGACAGCCAUGAUUGCCACGCUCAGCCCGGCGGGAAGUAAUGUGGAGGAAAGUCUCAGCACCUUACGCUACGCUCAGCAGGCUCGAACCAUCAUCAAUGUCGCCAUGGUCAAUGAGGACACCAAUGCUAAACUCAUCAGAGAGCUCAAAGCAGAGGUUGAGAAGCUAAGAGCUGCCCAGAUGAGCGCCCAAGGUGUGGAGCCUGAACGGGUCAAACAGUUUCAGCUGGAGAUUGUGGCUUUAAGGAAUAAACUAUGCCAGCAAGAAAGAGAAAUGUUAGAGGCUCACAGGGCAUGGAGAGAGAAACUGGAAGAGGCUGAAGUCCGUAAACGUGAAGAGACCAAAGAGUCCCAUAAAGCUGGCAUCACAUUCAAAGUUGAUAAUCGCCUCCCAAACUUGGUGAACCUGAAUGAGGAUCCACAGCUGUCGGAGAUGCUUCUGUACAUGAUCAAAGAAGGAAACACGACUGUGGGGAAACUGAAAUGUGAUGCGACCCAUGACAUUCAGCUGACGGGAGCUCUGAUCGCCGAUCUACACUGUGUUAUAAACAAUGUGCAUGAUACGGUCUCCAUUACUCCCAUGGAAAAUGCCAAGACCUUCGUCAACGGAAAUCUCAUUUCUGAAGCUCUGGUCCUUCAUCAUGGUGAUCGGGUGAUUUUGGGCGGAGACCACUAUUUCCGCUUCAAUCAUCCAGCAGAGGUUCAGUCCGGGAAGAGAGUGUCUUGCUGGACGGGGGCUGGUGAUGGACAAAAGGACUUCGAGUUUGCUAAAAAUGAGAUGCUAGCGGCUCAAAGAGCAGAACUGGAGGCUGAAAUUGAAGAAGCCAAUUUGAAAGCUAAAAAAGAAAUGAUGCAGGGAAUACAAAUGGCUAAAGAGGUGGCUCAAAAGGAACUUCUGGAUCAAAAAGCUCUUUAUGAAAACCGGAUUAGGGCUCUAGAAAGAGACCUGCUUGCAGAAAGCGAUCGUAAACGUCAACAAGAGCUAGACCAACAAAAGAUGGCCAGUCAGAUGCAAGAUCUCAAAAUGGCCAAGUACGAGUUGGAACAAGAGGUUAACGGGGAAAGAAAACGCCUCCGUUUGCACAUGGAAGCCCAGGCCAUGGAGGAACACAGAGUCUCUCAAGCCAAGAUUGUGGAUGCCUUGGAGCAAGAGAAAAAUAAAAUCAGCAGAGAACUUGAGGAAAUCCAAAAGAGAAAGGCUUUAAGAGAAAACCAGAAAGAACGUUUCAGAACCGCUUCACCUAAAUGGGAUUCAAUGAAGCUGUCUUUAAUGAUCGAAGAAGCCAACAAGAUCAGUGCAAAGCUGAGGAAAAACACUCUCUUCAGCAGACAUGAAAGCACCGAGAACGAUCAUGGAGGGCUGCAUGUCCGAGUACAAAACACUAAACUUGGCAUCUCCACUUUUUGGACCCUAGAAAAGUUUCAAAACAACAUGGCUGUCAUGAGGGAACUCGACCAGGAGAAUUCUUCCCAUAAAGAGGACGAUGUGUUUUAUGGCCCUGAUGAUGAGUGGGAGCAGGAUAUAUCAGCCGCUUCCACUUCCAAUCUGUCCCGUCGCAGGAGUAAAAGUUUGUUAAAAAGCAGAAGAAUUUCCGGCAAACUCUAUGAGAUCAGAGUUCAUCCAAUCCAGAGCCUGCUUUCUGGCCCCUCCCAUUCUGCAGGUUUAAUGGGAGGCCCCAAACCCCCGUCCACCUGUCCGACGUCGGCGGACGCUGCCAUCCCAGGGAUCUGCAAGGAUCUGAUUGGCCGGUCCGCUGCGUUACUCGGCCGCUGCAGUGAGACGGAGGACAGUUUGGUGGACCGACUGGCCUCUGACCUGUGUGUGCUCUACUCUGCAGCACAAACCAUCUCUGACCUGUACGAAGGCCUGGACGAGGACAGUACUGACAACGGUAGAUUCUCUGUUGACAUGAAAAAGGCACCAGAUGGGUAUCCCGCUGUUUUAUGGGUCCGUCUGGCGUCUGUAAUCCUCAUGAUGGAUAUCUGCUCCUGUGGUUGA